AUGAAGACGACCCUCCCCCGUCCCCCCGCCCGCGCGACCCGACCACCCGCACCCUCCGCGGUGCAUCCAUGCAACAAGUUAGGGCUUUAUGUCUUCCGUGAUGCCCAAUUAAAUAUGGAUGUGAUUGAAAAACGCGUGUCCGGUAACGAGCGUGUAUAUAAUUGGUGGGCGGUGGUGGCCCGGAGUGACCCAGUUGCGUUGCCCGGCGACCCGGCCGGCCCUCGCCCCACACCACCCCGCACUAAAUAA